AGAGCGAGCAUUCUGCACCAGUACCUCCUCUGACUCUCUCACCACCUCUCUCUCUCUGAGUAGCAGGGAAACUCGGACUUUUAUACCGGGGCUAAAUUUAGGGGGCUGGCCGGUGCGCAGCGUCCCCAUCCUGGACGCGCUUCCUUCCCCCAGCCUCGCAUUGGUCUGAUCCGUGCAGCGACGCAAUAUUUAUAAGAAAAGCAGCUCCUUCCAGGCACACAGCUGCAUAUGAGUGAGGAGCAGCAGCUCAUCGGACGGCAGAAGAAGCAACGCGCUCUGUAACUUUUUCUGGAGACUCUGCGUACUCUGGUGAUUUCCUUAAAAACAGAGAAAGUGUUUUUCUACUUUUUUAAAUAACGCAUGGAAAUGGCCUUGAGUGGGACCAUUUUACCAUCAAUCUCGACGUUUGCCAACCAAAAGGAGAAAUGUUGGGAAUAUAGGUGGAAGGACAUAAACAGCGUUGUGUCCAACAUGGACAGCACCUGCCUGGGCAGGAAAGACGAAGAAGACCUGGAUAAGUUCUUGGAUCUUGAGUUUAUUCUGGCUAACACCGCCGUCUCUGACAGUGCGCCGGUGUCCGGGACGGUGGCAGAAUCCUAUCGGCUCCAGGAGACCGGGGCGUCCGUGUAUCACCACCACCAGCAGCAGCACACCGCGAUGCCCCAGCAGCCGGCCAAUUACACCUCUGUCCCAGACAUGAACAGCCCACCGCCGCCCUACAACAGCCUGAUGGCGGAGCUCCUUCGCUCCGACGUGGAUACCAGCUUCCUCCCUGGGAACAGCCCAGGCAUCCAGGGCAGAUUCCUGAUCAGCUCCACGCCUUUCCAGACCAAUCAGGAUUUAUUCCCUGAGCUUCCGAGCAUUAAAGUGGAGCCAGUCUCUAUGGACACGUACGGACCUGUUAUGGGUCUGGUGCCUCAGAGCUGCACCAAAAUCAAGCACGAGGGGAACGUCUCCUGCAUGAUGUCAUAUGAGCAGCAGCCUCGGCUGGCCAACUCCCCGCAGGCCGCCGUGGGUAGCAUGACGCCGCCACUUAGCCCGGAUGACCUGAGGAGCUCCGAGUGCCACCAGCCCCAGAUAUGCAACUCCACCUCACUGACGUUCCCGCAGAGCUUUCACCCCCACCACCGCUGCGCACCAGGGGGAUUCCCUCACCCGCACAACGGCAUGCAGCUCUCGUUUCCCGGGGCGCACCAUCACCACCAGUUCCCCGUUAUGUUCGAGGAGGACGCGGCCAUGGGCAUGCAGCAGCAGACAGUGGCCGGCCAGCGCGUCCUGCUCACCCCGCCGUCCUCCCCGCUGGAAAUGGGACACCAGCCGAAGAGGGGUCGCCGGUCCUGGCCGAGGAAACGGACUGCGACGCACACCUGCCACUUUCACCGGCCUGUGGGAAGACUUACACCAAGAAGCUCCACUAAAUGCCCAUCUCAGGACACACACAGGAGAGAAGCCCUACCACUGUAGCUGGGAGGGUUGCGGUUGGAAGUUCGCUCGUUCCGAUGAGCUCACACGUCACUUCCGGAAGCAUACUGGACACAGGCCGUCCAGUGUCACCUGUGCGAGCGGCCUUCUCUCGCUCGGAUCACCUGGCCCUGCAGCAUGAAAAGGCACAUGU